ACUUUGUGCAUUUUAAACAGUGAGGUAAUUGCUUUCUUUGGCAUGCCAAUAAAGCACCUUUGAAUUGUAUUGCAUUGCAUUGGGUUAUCAGAAGUCAUUUCAGACAGGUAUCUGAGAAUGAGUUGGUUUCGAGCGCUGGCUGUUUUCUGCAUUCUGUUGAUCAGUACUGCACCACACUAUUCUUCUGCAAGGACAUAUUUGGUCACAACGCCAAAAGUCAUCAGUCCUGGAGUCAGACAUUCUGUAGCUGUCUCGCUUCUGAAGGACAGUCCAUCUCAGGUCAGAGUGACGGCAGAAAUUUUUUAUGGAAAAAUCCUUGUGGUUUCUGGUGAAGACACUUUGCAGCAAGGCUCCACUGGAUUGCUUGUACUUCCACCAAUUCCUAAGAAGUCCACUGCUGGUGAAUCCCAGUAUACUCUGGUAGUGAAUGGCUAUGAUGGUGCGAAGCAGGUGUUCUCUAACAGCACAUUACUGUCAUUUUAUUCGAAAGGAUUCUCUACCUUUAUCCAGACAGACAAGUCUCAAUACCAACCCAGGCAAGGUGUGAAGAUCCGAGUUAUAUCACUUUACUCUGACCUGAAACCCUACAACGCCCAAGUCAACAUUGUCAUAAAGGACCCUCAGGGUAAUUCUAUAGAGCAGUGGCUAUCGAUAGACAGUCAUCUGGGUGUUGUAUCAAAAGAGUUUCUGUUAUCUGACAACCCUCCUCUUGGAAGCUGGACCAUUGAAGCUACAGUAGACGGAGUGAUAAGUAGCAGUCUAUUCAUCAUAGCUCAAUAUGUGCUGCCUAAAUUUGAAGUAGAGAUGAGGACCCAGUCUGUUUACUAUGUUCCAGACAGGAAGGCUAUAACUGGCACUGUCACAGCAAAAUACGCCUAUGGGAAGCCUGUAAAUGGAACUCUGACGUUAUCAUUAAACACCUACGUUUCAAAAAUGGAUAUUAAAAUGAUUAAAACAAUGCCAAUAAACGGGUCAGCUGAUUUUACGUUCUCUUACAAAGAGUUUGAAAACUAUGCUGCAUAUUUCCAUCCAGUUUUCUCAGUUGCAGCAGCUGUGACGGAGUCCCUAACAGGAUUAACAUGUAAAACAACAUUCAAGACGUUUAUAGUCUUCUCUAAAUAUAAUCUGCAAUUUUAUGGAAAUCCAUCAGCACUGAGGCCAUUAUUAAACUUUGCUGCCUACCUUAAAAUAUCUUCAUAUGACAAUAAGACACUGACCACAGAAGAAAGAAGGAAUAAUGUGACUGUUUCUGUACAAACUUCUUAUUUAAUCCGGUACUCUGAUGUGGACAAUUCUAGUUUGCCAAUAGUGGACCAUGAAUCCAUUAUCAUCAGUUACACCAUUCCAGAAAAUGGGAUUAUAAUGGUAGACCUCCCUAUUAUGAGCAAAGCAACAUAUUUCAACAUUAAGGCAGAAUUCAUGGGCUACACGCAGUAUUUGUAUGUCAGUGCAUUUUACUCUCCUAGCAAAUCUUAUAUCCAGAUACAGAAGCCCAGUUCAACCCCUAAGGUUGGAACUCCUUUUCAGCUUACAGUGGAAAGCAAUGAACUGAUAAAGGAGCUAUAUUAUAUGGUCGUGUCUAGAGGACAACUGGUCGCGGUGGGGAAAGAGGUCUCGGCUUCGUUUCUGGUAACUCCCACAGAGUCCUGGUCUCCUGCUGCCUGCAUGGUAGUGUACUACGUUCGAGAUGAUGGGGAGGUGGUCAAUGACUUCCUAGAGUUAUCCAUUAGUAACGUCUUUAAAAACAAGGUCUCACUCUCUUGGAGUAAAACUCAAGUCAAGCCCUCUGAGUCUGUCUCUCUUGGGGUUACUGUAACAGAGCCCAUGUCUUUAGUUGGGAUUUUAGUUGUUGAGAAAAGUGCACAGCUUCUUCAAAAUGGAAAUGACAUCACAGGGGAUAUGUUUCAGGUGACCAAAGAACAAGCUAGAUAUACUGAGGGUAACAUCUAUUUCUAUCAACUUCCAUCAGAUCCUCUGUCUGUUUUUCAGAAAUGUGACCUGUUGGUGAUGACAGAUGCUGAAAUUCAAAAUUAUCUACCCCAAUGGUAUGAAGAAAAACGUGUAAUAGAACCAGACAGAUCAAGUAAGCCACAAGUCAGAACCUACUUUUCAAAGACCUGGAUCUGGUUGGACACCAAUACAAGCGCCUCAACGAAUGCAACUCUUAACGUGAUUGUGCCUGAUAGCGUCACGUCCUGGGUUGCCAGUGCUUUUGUCAUCUCCGAGGGUCUUGGGCUGGGAUUGACCAGCUCUCCUGCAGAGCUGAAGGUUUUUCAGCCCUUGUUCUUGACUCUGAAUCUUCCAUACUCAGUUAUCAGAGGAGAACAGUUUGUCCUGGAAGUAACCAUCGUUAACUACCUGAACCAAGCUCUUGAGGCAAUGGUGACCGUCAACAAAAGUGAUGACUUUGAGUUCAUUGUUUCUGGGAACAGCACUAAUACAGUGGAGCACAAGCGGAACGUGUCUGUGCCCAGUCAAGAUGGCACCACAGUUCUCGUCCCCAUUAAACCCAAGCAGCUUGGAGUGAUUACAAUCACUGUGACCGCCACGUCACCUGCUGCUUCUCAUGCAGUCAAUCAGACAGUUUUAGUGAAGGCCGAAGGAAUUGAACAGUCCUUUUCUCAGUCUUUGCUUUUGGAUCUAGUUGGAAAUGGGCAGCAAACUGUGUCCAAAGAUGUAAACUUUACUUUCCCUGCAGGUGUAGUGAAUGGCAGUGAAAGAGCUUAUGUAACUCUUGUUGGGGAUCUCAUGGGUCCAUCUGUCUCUGGUCUUGAGUCACUUAUCAAGCUGCCCUGUGGAUGUGGAGAACAGAACAUGAUCUACUUUGCUCCUGAUAUUUAUAUUCUUCAGUAUUUAAUUAAGACAAAACAAAUAAAGGAGGAUAUUAAGACCAAAGCCAUAUCCUUUAUGACUGAAGGAUAUCAACGAGAACUGACCUACCAGAGAAAGGAUGGCUCUUUUAGUGCUUUUGGUGAUGAUGAUUCUUCUGGAAGUACUUGGUUGUCUGCCUUUGUGCUCAGAUGCUUCCUGCAAGCCCGUCAGUUCAUCUAUAUUGACCCAACAGUGCUAUCCAGAACAAUAAUGUGGAUUGUACCCCAGCAGAAUCCUACUGGGGAGUUCAGAGAGCCAGGGAGGGUCAUUCACUCUGAGCUGCAGGGAGGACAGAACGGUCCACUGUCUCUUACUGCUUAUGUAUUAAUGGCGCUCUUAGAAGAUGAGACAUACAAGAGCUAUUAUCAGAGUGCAGUGUUAAGAGCUGUGUCAUUCUUGGAGAAUAGGCUUGCAGAGGGAAUCUCCAAGAACUACACUCUGUCUCUGGUGACGUAUGCUUUGUCUCUGGCAAACAGUACUCUUGCAAAGACUGCCCUGGAUGAGCUGAACAGGAGAGCAGAAAAGGAUGGUGGCUUGAUGUUCUGGUCCAGUCCCAAGGUGGGUGGAUCCAGCUGGUGGCAGCCUCGCUCCACAGAUAUAGAGCUGGCUUCCUAUGCACUGCUGUCUCAUAUGGAACAGAAGCGGCUUGCCGAGGGAAUCCCUGUCAUGAAAUGGCUGAGCCAGCAGAGGAACCACUUAGGAGGAUACUCGUCUACUCAGGACACAGUAGUAGCUCUACAGGCGUUGUCGGGAUUUGCAGCUCUCUCUAGCUCACAAGAUGUGGGGCUUACGGUUACAGUCAGUGGAGUGAGCCUUACACUUCCAACCGUAUUCCACAUUGAUUCAACAAACCUUUUACUGCUUCAGGAGCAGCAGAUUCAAGUACAGCAAUCAAUGUCAGUUAAUGUGAAGGCAGUAGGAAAUGGAUUUGCCAUAUUUCAGCUUAAUGUGUUCUACAACGUGAAGAAUACAUUUUCAAGGAGACGCAGAGAUGCAGGAAAUCAUGAAGGGUUUGAUUUGAGUGUUGCCGUUAUUGACAACGUGAAUGACCUCAAUCAUGUGUCUUUGCACAUAUGCACAAGACUCUUGGAAAAUCAGAAUAUGUCACAAAGUGGAAUGGUUUUAAUGGAAGUGGGCUUGCUAAGUGGUUUUAUUCUUGUAGAAGAGGGAAUUGCAACAAAUCAAAUGAUCAAAAAAGUAGAAUCUGGUUCUGGAAAAGUGUUCCUGUACUUGGAUUCCCUGAAUACAUCCCAGGUUUGUCUUGAUAUCCCAACUAUAAGAGACUCUAAAAUCUCCAAUGCCCAAGAUGCUGUGGUGCUGAUAUAUGAUUACUACGAGCCUAGCAGGAUGGCUGUCAGCACUUACCGCUCUGAAGUAAUGCAGAGCAUAUCUUCAUGUGAUUUCUGUGGAAAGGACUGUAAUCUGUGCAGGUCGACUGUAAAGAGUGAUAAUGUCACCACAGCUGAUUCUUCAGCGGUUCCCAUACAUCACACUGGUAUCGUCACCAGUAUAUUUGCAGGUUUCUUAAUUCACUUGGGCUUGUUUUGUUUUUAAUUGAACACAUUUAGUAUAAUAGAUUUUAGCCAAUAAGACACCAUUUGUAUAUUGGAUAUAAUCAUCAGACAACUCAGUUUACAGGAUGAGCCAAGUCUGUAAAUUACUAGGAAAGGGAAUCAUCUCAUCUCUUGAUAAAUAAGAACAAUGAGCCAUCUAAAAUACCAUUUUACUGAUUUCUUUGGUGAGGGCUGUCAGUUUUAAACUUGAACAUUUGUUUUUUAGAAUGAGGUUUAUGUGAAAAUGAUUAACAAUAAUGUAUUUUUUUUUUUUGUAAUACAAGACUAUUUUACUUCUAUAGGCAAUGUCUGUUUGCAAUUUUAGACAGGUUGAAAUUGGGUAUGUAAACUUUUUUUUUUUUAAUGCAAAACAUAAA